UACUGAGAUUAAAUAGUCCCUAAACCACGGAAAUUAGAGCGUGCGGAGAGAGAGAGAGAGAGAAAGCGGGAGUGAGAGACUGAUGCCUCCUAAAUGUGGGUAUAUAUAUAUAACCCGAUACACAGUUCAAGGACAUCAUUAUUCACAGAGAGAGAGAGAGAGAGAGAGGGAGACAUUGUGAGAGUGUUUGAUCAGAGAAGUGGAGAUGGAGGAGGAGAAGAAAUCAAGAUUCAAAAGAAUUUGUGUAUUCUGCGGCAGCAGUUCUGGCAAGAAACCAAGCUAUCAAGAAGCUGCUGUUGAGUUGGGAAGAGAACUGGUGGAGAGAAGGAUUGAUUUGGUCUAUGGAGGUGGAAGCGUGGGUCUGAUGGGUCUUGUUUCUCAGGCAGUUCAUGAUGGUGGGCGCCAUGUUCUAGGGGUUAUUCCAAGAACUCUUAUGCCCCGAGAGAUAACGGGAGAAACAAUUGGAGAAGUACGAGCUGUGUCCGACAUGCACCAGAGGAAGGCUGAGAUGGCCCGACAAGCCGAUGCCUUCAUCGCCCUACCCGGUGGUUAUGGCACUCUCGAAGAGUUGCUUGAAGUUAUUACAUGGGCUCAGCUUGGAAUCCAUCGUAAACCAGUGGGGCUGUUGAAUGUCGAGGGUUACUAUAAUUCGUUGUUGUCUUUUCUUGAUAAGGCCGUUGAUGAAGGCUUUAUCUCCCCAACGGCACGUCGCAUUAUCGUGUCUGCUCCGACAGCCAAACAGUUGGUCAGAGAGCUUGAGGAGCAUAUCCCAGAAUACGAUGAGAUCACAUCCAAAUUGAUCUGGGAAGAGGUUGAAAGACUGAACUACAUGCCUGAUUCCGAUGUUCCAACGUGACAUGCCGACGAACGAAACUGAUUUUUUGUCUAAGAAUUCCAAGUAUAUAUACGAUGAUGGAAGCGUAUUUUGCCAGACGACUGCUGCACAGGAACUUUGCUUUUUGUAUUUUGAAACAUUAAUGCCCUCUUCUUGCAAAGAUAAACCACGUAUACGUGUAUCAGGGAAAUAGUUGAAAACGGUAACCUUUUGUAUGGAUCUGCAUUAAGGCUUUUAAUUUUAUUCAACAUGACAUUCCUACUAUGUAGUUAUAUUUCCUUCUAUGUCCAAUAUUAGUCCAUGUUGUCUGUAUUCUGAAGCACCAA